AAUGCUUCAGGAAGUAUGAAGACUAUGCUGUCCUAACGCUAAGUAAAAUUGGAAGGGGGCGAGGAUGGAAUGACCAAGUGAGACGGGCAAACGUGUGGCAACCGAAGAAUGGUUUUGAAUUGAUCUAUAAACAGUGUGGCUGUAACUGUGGGAAAGGAUCUGUUCGGAAAGAUCUUGAUUUCGAGAAGAAAAAGAAGGGAGGUGAAACAGUCAGGGCUGGUGCAGCAGGAGCUGCUGCUGAUGCUAGAAAUAGAGAGAGAGGAGCUGCUAGAGUAGCAGUAGGAGGAGCUGUCGGAGGAGUAGUAGAAAAGAAGAAAUUGCCGACACUAAACUUCAAACCUGAAACUGUGAAGAUCAACACUGAAUCAAGAUUACCAAGCACAAGGGAUAACUUGAACCAGAAGAUCCAACCAAUACUAAAGCCAGUAAAGCGUGUUCCAGCAAUGCCUGGCUCUUCAACUUCUUCUAAUCGAAGUUCUCUGCUCGGCAUAAGACAAGCAAGUUCCUUAAAUUCGCUUUCGCGUUCCAAACCCAUUGAACAACCUUCUAUUCCAGGGUUGGUAUUCAACGAAUGUACCAGUAACACAAAGACAAAGCAAAAAAGUAAGAACGAUCCUUCUGCAGUAAAGAAUAAGAGGAAGGUGAACAGGGUGAAUCAUGAACCUAUCAAUGAGGAUCUCUACAACAAGUUUAUGAAUGAAGAGGAAGAUGAGGAUAACGGGGAAGGUUGGGAUGUUGUAGAGAAUAAAAGAUCUAGGAAAAACACUGAACCCUCACAUUCUGCUGAUCUAUCGUCCAGGAGUCCUAAAAGAAUAAAGGUACCUGAGAACAUGGUUAGUUCCGAAUCUGGUAUUAAGACCUCUGAGCAUUCAGUGAGAAUAUCAGAUUUAACAUCUCCGACCAGAAAACAAGACACCAGAUUUAUGAUCUCCAAACAAUCAUGUCUGACUCCAAGAACAUCAGAUUUAAUGCCUGGUAUAUCAGACUACAGUACGCAGACCAGUACAUCAGAUCAGAUCAAUUCUGACGAAGAUAUAUUCUUAUCAGAUGACUCCGAUGAAGAAUAUUCCAUGUUACCUGUAACGCCACUGAAGAUGAGAACCGAAUAUUCUUAUUUGGGCCUUGCACCUAUACAAUCCAAUGGACUCAGUGAAGUAAACACAGCACCAAGUAAUUUAUCUUUUUUGGGGCCCUCGCUUUCUGGAAACCAGCUCCAUAUUAAUAGUUCAACUACAUUUUCAAGUACUGAGUUUCUGUACUUUUCUACUGCAAAUAGUUCAGAAUCAGAGUAUUUCUCGGCUCUUUCAAGUCCUCCACUUUCUAGCAGUGGAGCUGCUGAAUCAGACAGGGUUCAUUAUCAUCCCGUCUCUGGUCUUUCUACUUCCGUUAUCGAAACUUCAAACUCAAGUUUGGUAACUUUAGUCAGCAAUGCUCCAAUCUCCAGUUUGUUAACCUCUGUUGGCACAGCUCCAAUCUCCAAUCCCUCUACUUCUUUCAGCAAAGUUUGCAAAAUUCCCUUCCACGAUGAGUCGGUAAAACCUAACCCACUGCCUUCACCCAAUAGAUACAGGAAAGAAGCUGUUCAACAACAAUCAAGAGAUAGAAUUCCUUCUUUGCUGGAUGAUUCUUAUUUCUUACACUACGGAGCUCGUCCUAAAACGAAGGUUGAGAAUGUGACCAAGAAGAAUGAUUGUAAAGAGGAUGAGUUUAAUCAACUAAGUGAGGACACAAAUGCGUUUUCCAAACUGUUUCAAGGCGAACUCAACGCAAAGGCAAAGAUUAAAUCAAAAUCAAUGAAAAAUCCAAAUCUCUCAGAGUCCUUUAAUCCUUCAGUAACUCCACAACUGCAUUGUAUAACAGGAGAUAAACUGCGUUCUAAAAGUGCCAUGGAUAAGUUACCUGCCGAUGUUGCUGCGACUUUAGCCAAUGAAAAACAAGGACGGAGAAAUAAAAAUGGAUCUAUCACAUGCAUCUACUGUAACCUCAUUUUCGGGUCUACUGUAUCAUUCUCUAAACACUGCGCCUCCCAGGAUCAUAUUGAGCAGUUUCUUGCCAAGCAGGCAAGCAAGAUGCAAGAGGAAAAGAAGGGCCUAGAACUUGAACAGAAUAUGUUUCAAGAUAUAUCAUAUGCUGAAGAGUUAAUUAAAGAUCAAAAGAAAGAAGAGCUUAUGAAAAAUGAGAUUCAAGAGCUUAUGAAGUAUGAUAAUCAAGAGUGCGUUCAGGUAAAUCAAGAAGAUCAAAGUCUAAAGGUAGUACAGGAUAAGAGCCAAAAAAUCAGUAAUGAUAAAAAGGAAGGGCUUUUGGAGUUUAAAAGCCACAAGCAUACAAACAAUCAAAGCCAAGGAAUAGCUAAAGAUCAAAAGCAAGAAGAGAUAAGGAAGGAUGAAAGCCAAGAACUUAAACAAGACCAGAGCCAAGAUGUCACUAAGGAGCUUAGUCCAGAGCUUUCAAAAGAUCAAAUUAAAGAAGGUUUACAAGUUGAAAGCCAAAAACUCUCAACAGAUAAUAGCCUAGAGCUCCCUAAGGAGGAAAGCCAAAAGCUCCCCAAGUAUGAAAGCCAAGAAUCUUUGAAGGAUCAAAGUCAAGUAGUUGUGCAGGAUCAGAGCCCAGAUGCAUUUAAAAGAAAUAGCCGAAAUGAUCAGAGCCAAGAUAUGUUGCAGGUUAAAUGCCAUGAACUCCCUAAAGAUAAUAGCAUAGAACUCGCUAUGAAUCAGUACCAAGAGCUCUCCAAGGAUGAAAGCCAAAACAUCUCUAAGGAUAAGGGCCAAGAGCUUUUACUGAAUAAUGAAAAAGAAAACAAGGAUAAUGAUGUUGAACAAAGUAAUGUGGAAAUGUGGAAACAAAACACCAUGCACUUGGAGGAACAGGAGAAUAGAAAAAUGCAGUUACUAGAAAAAAGAUCUACUGAAUUACCAGAAGAAACUGAGAUAUCUGAAAAAAUGCUUAAAACUAAAAUUCAAGAAGCAGCUCAUCAAUUUAAAGAGAGCUUAGAGAAAAUUGCAAAUGAUAAGAAUAAGGAAAAUCUUGAGAAAGAGGUGAACUGUGAUAUCAGUGUCACAGAGAACAAGAUAACUCAAGUGAGUGAGAAUUUGGAAUCAAAGGCUGACGCACCCUCUCUCCCCAAAACAAAUAUAGGCAAUAUAGUUGAGAACAAAUCCAAUAUCACCCCUGGCCACGAUGUAAUAACCUCUGUUCCUUGUUCUAUCCAAGAAAAAUCUGCCUGUACAUCUAAGACGCAGGUUAGCAAAAUUGAAUCUUCCAAGAAAGUGCUUCUCCCACAUUGUCAGGAAAAUAAUAAAGAAAUAGAUUUACUUAAAUGUCAGAAGGUUUAUGCUAAGAAGAAGGCUGAAGUGCCCAGUCCCAAAGAUAAAGAUGAUGAAGACAUGACUAAAAAGACCACGUCUAAAGGUCCUGGAUGUGUUGCUUGUGAAUAUCUUGAGAAUGAAGUGAACUGUGAAUGUGAUAUCAGUGUCACAGAGAACAAGAUAACUCAAGUGAGUGAGAAUUUGGAAACAAAGGCUGACGCACCCUCUCUCCCCAAAACAAAUACAAGCACUACUGUUGAAAAGAAAUCCAAUAUCAUCCCUGGCCACGAUGUAAUAACCUCUGUUCCUUGUUCUAUCCAAGAAAAAUCUGCCUGUACAUCUAAGGUGGAGGUUAGCAAAAUUGAAUCUUCCAAGAAAGAGAAAACUUUUGAUGAAAAUAGUUCAGGGAAAUCAGAUGUUGACAAACUAAAGAACCAACUGAAAACCUCUAAAGAAUUGAACAGCAUGCUUCUCACACGUUGUCAGGAAAACAAAAAAGAAAUAGAUUUACUUAAAUGUCAGAAGGUUAAUGUUAAGAACAAGGCUGAAGUGCCCAGUCUCAAAGAUAAAGAUGAUGAAGACAUGACUAAAAAGACCACAUCUAAAGGUCUUGGAUGUGUUGCUUGUGAUGACUGCCUCAAGACAUUUAAAGAAGACUUUGAAACCUUUAAAUCAAAGCACAUCUCUGCUUGGGACUUUAAAUCAGUAUGUAAGAAGGAUAUAAUCGAUGUCAACACAAAGAAUACCAAAUUAUCAAAACGUGACUUUGAAAUAAGAUUACAGGAGUUUGAGGAGGACAUCAUGGAUGUAGUUGACUGUAAGGGUGAUAAUACUGUCAAUAUGCUCAUUAAAUUAGGCAAUUGGUCAAAGGUGAAAUUUGACAACAUGGAAGAGAAAGUUUCUGAAAAUAAAAAUGUUGUUAAGACUGAAAUAUCAGCUUUAGAACACAUAAUAGUUGAGAAAAUAAGCACCAAACUUGAAACAUCGAUACCAAUAAUGUUGAAAGAUAUAAUAGGAACAGACAAAGUGAGAGAUGAAGUGGAUUCUGUUGAGAGAAGAUUAGAAAUGGAGAACUUCAUGAAGGAUGUUACAAGAUUGAGGAAUAAGGAGAUAAAGGAUAUAGAGAAUUGUAAAAGUCAAAUGGAGAAAACUCUAGAGGAAAUGUUAAAAAUGAGAGAUAAUGAAAUAGAAGAGACAAAGAAGCUAAAAGAAGAUAUUCUCAGAAACAGAAUUGAGGAGAAGGAUGAAAUGAGACGCUUCAGAGAGGAUAUGAUCAGAAAGAGAAAUGAGGAGAAGAUGGAAAUGGAGAAAUUGACCAAAGAAUUGAUCAGAAACAGAAAUGAAGAGACUGAGUUAAUGAAGAAUUUCAAAGAGAACUUGAUAAGACAGAGAAAUGAGGAGCAUGAGGAAAUGAAGAUCUUCAGAAAGGAAUUGAUCAAACAGAGAGAUGAGGAAAAGCAGGAAAUGGUCAAAUUGAUUGAGGAAGUUACAGGAAGGAAAGAAAAAUAUAAUAGAAUGGAGGAAGAGGAGAAAGAGAUACAGAAUCAGGAAUCAGAUAAGGGCAUCAAACAGAAUGAUAGCAAAGUACACAAAUUGGAAGAAGAGUUAAACACCAAGAUUGAACACUUGGAAAACAGAAUUGAUGAAGUACUGAAUGUGGCAGUAAUGAAUGGAAAAACUUUACAGUCUAAUGAGCAAUGUUUAAAACAGAAGAUAGAGACUGAAGUCAGUCAGAGAUUUAUCCUGGAGAAGAUUGACGACCUGAAACUGAGAAGGACGGAAGAUAUGCUGGAUGUGAAGAAAAUCACUGAUGACAUGAAGAACCAAAUGACGCAGAACAAGCUUGAGUUGAACAACAUCUUGAUGGAGGACCGGGUUGAUAUGAAGGAGAGAAUCAAAGACCUCAAACAUGAGAUGAAGGAGAUAAAGAGCGAGUUGAAGGAGAAGAUGAGGGAGGACAAGGUUGAUACUAUCAGGAACCUGGAAAAUGUGGCAGAACAUUUGAAACUGUUUUCUCAGACGGAAUUCUCUCAUCAGUUUGCCUCCUGUAAGACGGCCAACUAUGCUGUACUGAAGAAGAUCAGCACAGAAAUUGAUCAGAUUAAGGAGACUUUUGGGUCUUUCAGCGGUAUCGCCUCAGAUAUGAGUGAUAAAGAUGAAGAACUGAAGGAUAAUCCAGAUGUAGAUACUGGAUUUUCUAGUCCUCAUCAAGAUGUAGAUACUGGAUUCUCUAGUCCUCCUAUCCAGGAACAGGGUUGGCGUCUGAAAACUUACUUACAACACUUAAAGGAAGUGGUGGAAAGUGAAGAUAGAAGAAUGAACUACCCUUUAAACUCUACUAGUGUUUUCCCCGCCUUCAUUCAACCUUCUUCUCCGGUUCUUUCUGCCAUUCAACCUCAAAACGGACGCAGUGUUACUGACUGUCACGUGAACAAAUCUCAAACCGGGUUCACGUCACAGCCACGAGGCCAGUCUUGGAUACCUGGGCAGUUCAUCCGUCAUCCUGGACCCUAUUAUUCAUAUUAUCCAUAUCCGCAGCAGUUCUUGGGUUAAAUACCUGUAACAGAUAGAAUGGCUAUAUUCAUAAUGUUAACACUAGAUAAUUUCAACACUUAAUUUGAGACGAGUAUUUAGUUACUUUUUUAUUGAUAUUACAAAUUGUAAUAUUUGCAAUUUUUACGCUAUUUCUAGAUCUACGAUGUAAUUAAAAUCUUAAAGUUUACUACAUGGAACAUUUACAAUCCAAGAAGUAAUUUCGGAAACCGGAUUUACCCAACAAAAAGUUUUUUGUCGAUUGAUCUCAGAAUCAGUAUUUUUUGCAUUUGCUGCUUUUUUCACGAUUUCCUUUUGCUCUUUAAGUGUUAGAUGCCACCAAAAAUAUAUAUUUUGGCCAAUAAAGUCAAUUUAACUGUUGAAA